GGCAGAAGGGGAAAGCAGAGACAGACAGAUUGCAGGAGGAAAUGGAUAAACUGAAGGUGCAGUUGCAGCUCACCAAGUCCCAGUUAGAGGCUGAACAACAGGCUAAUAUGGUCAGGUGUUUGAAGGACUGUGAGCAGCAAAAAUCCAAACAAGAAGAAAUUCUGCAAUUGUUGCAUAAAUGGAAAGAGGAGGAAAAAGAGAAAUGGGCUGAUGAACUAAAAAAAGUGAAAGAGAUUAUUAUGAAUGAGCUUAAGGAGUUAUCUUCAAGAAUAUCUUCUUCCACAUUAGAAAAGCUACUGGAAGAAUUACAGAAGUCCAAUCUGCAGCAAAAAUCCAGUUUAGGGACGCUGCAAGACAGCAAAGAAUUCCCAGAAGAGAAACCUCAGAGUGCUCCGGAUUCUGCCAAUGUGCUUGAACUUCUUGAAAAACAGGAAAGUAAGUGGAUGUCUAGAGUACAAGCCCUUCAUCAUGACCAUGAGGCAGAGAAGUCCCUGCUCCUGUCAGAAAUUGAGAAGUUUAAAUCAUCGGUGAGAGAAGACCUAUAUGAAAAGAACAGCUUUUACGAGAGGAGGCUAGAAGAAUUGGGGCAGAGGCUUCAGGAGCAGAAUGAUCUGAUUGUUGCUCAGAAGCAGCAGAUAAAAGAAUUGUCCAGAAGAUCAGUUGAAAGCAUCAAACCAUGUGGUGUGAACACUACUGUGAAGCACGUUGAAGAAUCUAAAUCUAAAUCAAGGCUACCAGUGAUGCAUAAAACUGAGAAAGUUGAUUGUAAACCAGGCAGAAAUAACCAGUCUUUAAGAAAUGCUUUGAAGACUGAUCCUUCUUCAACUAAAGAAUUACGAGUUGUUUUUGAACAAGCCCUGGAGGAGAAGCUGGAAUCCUUGGGAAUUAAAGCUGGUGUUGGCGGUAUCCCAAAUGAUCGCUACAAUGAAAUUUUGCGUGCUGUUGAAUCUGCUAGAGAAUGCAAAUGGAAGCAAGAGCCUGACAUUCACCGAAUUCGAGAGCAUCUUGAACGCCAAGUUAGCUUCAGGGUUAAAGAGAAAUCAUCGUCUCAUAAUAGCCCUGCUCAGCUGCCUUCAGAAGAUAAGCAGAGGUUCAAUCAAUUGGGAAUUUCCUCAUCUGCCACCCCACAAAAAACAGUGAAAUGGUCUUCAGCAGCUGUCUGCUCAGCUGAGCCAAGAGCAGCCAUCACUCAGAAGGCACCUACACCAAAACCAUCAAAGAGCAAAGUCGGUGCUUUUCAGAAGGCUUCUGCCAAAAGCGAUACGGAUGGGACACAGGCAAGUGAAAUUGAAGAAACUGGAACACCUACCCAAACUUCAGAAGGAGCAGUUAUUCAAAAACGGACUGAAGAAGCUGGGAAGAGUCUUUCUGACCAUGAGAACAAGAACAAACCAGCUGGAGGGAUUCAUGUUGCGCAGGCAUUUCUGAAGAAAGAAGAAGUGAAAGAACAGAAGUUGACAGAAGUUGAUGAAGGUGAUUGGAAUAUAUCAAACUUAGAAGAAGAGCUGUUUGGGACGAAAAGUGAUGAUGAUUGGGAUGUAUCAGCCAUAGAAGAAGAGUUGUUUGGGACGAAAGAUGAUAGAGGUCAGAAGGCAUUGACAGCUCAGGAAAAGAAGUCAAAUGCUUCAUCUGUGGUGCAAUCAUGUACCAAAGACAAGUGUACCAAAGGAGGAAG